GAAUCACCCCGGAGCCUGGGCCCGCAUGGCAUCCCAGGACAAAGAUGAGGAGUCCUCACCUCGCUGGGCCUCCCAGACAGGGCCCUGGGAUGCCAUCCUCGAGGCCGUCAGGGAGCAGCUCCCAUCUCUGGAUUCAGAUUCCUCCUCGUCAGACUGCGGGCCAGAGGAGCUGUUCAUCUUCCAGCGAGAUCAAACUGCCCUGAUCCCAGACUUGUCAGAGGAGCUGGCUGAAGAGCCUGCCAGGGCCUGGCUUGCUACGGCCGCUGGGCCUCCUGAGCCAGGUGUGGUGCCUGUGGAAUUCACUGCAGAACCCUGGAGUAAGUGGGGCCCAAAGACAAGGGGUCCUGCCUCUCUGCAAGGCAGGGACGCUGACGGGCCUGUAGAGACCUGUGAUGAGGCCUGUUCCCUUCUUCGGGUGCCUGAGGACACCCCCAUGUGGCAGGAAGGCAAUCGUGGGGCUGUGUCCUUCAGCACCCAGGGUCCUCCCCGGGGGCCACACGGAGAAGCCACCUUCUCCCCGUGGGAAUGUGACCUGAAAACAGAACCCCCAGGUGCUGCCUCACGAGCCCAUUGGGGCACAGACUCCACAGCCCACAGAGCCCUCCGAAGGGAGAGAAGGAAGAUGAUUGAGAAGGACAUACUCCACAAAGUUACCUGGGAUGCCCGGGGCCCAGCCUGCUGUGACCACAGUCCAGUGAAGGAGGCACCCUGUGCCGCAGGAGCGGCAGGUCUGAGACCAGAAACACCCCCGGAGGGGCCCCAGGAAGGACCUCCGGUGCUCUCCCUCAAGGAACUUGAAGAGUGGGAUUUGGAUCACAUCCUUCAGAGUCUGGCAGGGCAAGAAGGCGGCAGGGGAGAUCGCGCACCUAGAGCCACGUGGUGGGCAGCUGACCGCCUGGGCCGAGACCACACCCUGCCGAACAGCCAGGACAGGCUCAUGGAACAGCUCAUCCUUCUGUGUGCCACACAUUCCAGAGCCCCUUCUGCCUGGAAGGUGCCUGCUGACACACCUCAGGACACCAUGCAGCAGGAGGCCAGGAGCAGAUCUCCGAGGGAGCCAGGCUUCCAGGCCGAGCUGGGCCUGACACUGGCCAAGAGCAGGCAGCUAAGGAGCCCCGCAGAGCCUCCCACUAUCUUCAUCGAUCUGCGGCCCUCGGAGCCAUCAGACCCCAGCUCCAGCCUCAGCUCCAGCUCCUCUGACAGCGAGGAGGAGGAAGAGGCUACAGUGGCCCGCAGAGACCAGCAGGGCCCAGCCAAGCAGAAGAGUCCUUCCUCCCGCCGCCUACGGGACUGCACCGGGAAGAGUCAGCUUCUCCAGCAGCUCAGGGCAUUUCGGGAGGGGACAGCUCAGCCCAAUUUGCCUGCCACUGGGGGUCCCAGUGUCCAGAAGGCUCAAGUCCCUGAAGAUUCAGCCAGCUCCACAACUGGAAGGAAGCAACAUAUACCAGCCUGGGCCGAGCAGCAGAGCACCCAGGCCAGACGCCCAGGGGGAGGUCCCAGGGCGCUAGGGGACACUCUUGGGCCAGGGACAGCCAGGGAGGCCCUGGUGCCUCCCCUGGGCCAACUGUAGCUGUGUCCUGGACCAGAUGGGAGAAGGAGCUGGGCGGAAUGAUUCCACUCUCCAUCCACAUGC